AUGGCCAGCGCCUCCCCACCCAUCGCGGCUCCAGGGAUAGAGUUCAUGGCACCGCCGCCGGGGCGUGACCACACGCAGGAUUGCUCGCUCACCUACGCGCAGUGGAAGGAGGUGGACGCCUCCACGCGCCACCGCCUCUCACUCGACACCCGUGCCGCACUUGGCUACAUCGCUCAGAGGAUCUUCGCGCGGUUCAUGGCCAUUACCAAGCUCACGCUCCGCUGCGCCCAGGGCUCCGGGACGGACAGCCUCUCUGACGACGGGGCACGCCAUGUGGUCGCUGUGCUGCCGUCCGAACGGCUCGCCAGGCUCAAGCUCCGCGGCCUUCGUUUUGGGCCGAAGGCCUUCGUCGCCGUCCUCCGGUCGUGCCCCCUCCUCGAGGACCUCUCCGUCAAGCACCUUUGCGGCCUCCUGUAA